AUGAGACUUUUCUGACGUCAGUCGGGUCCUGAUCGAUCGUCCCCUCGUGAACUCUGCACCGUUUGCCCUGCACGGGCAGUGAUGACGUCGUUCCCUAGCAACCGACCAACGCGUCGUAGCGACCGUCCCGAGAGCGAAGAGGCGGGAAGGGUUUUGGUGUUAUCGUUAUUUUCGGUUUUAACGUCGUUUUUGUGCCAAAGUUCGGAUUUUAGCGGAUACGUCUGAGCGCGAGACGUUUGUUAAUGUUUCCCGCGCUUCAGCAGCCAACAGAAAGUUCCUGGGAAACGGUGAGAGGUGUUUGGACAGGGACUUCCUGAUGGAUGAGACGGUGAGGCCUCUGAGGAUUCCUCCUCAGGCGUUCGUCUACGCCGACAAACACAACGUGGCCCAGCUGGUGCAGAGCAUGCUGUGCAGCCUGGUGAUCGAUCAGCCUGUUGAUCCGAUCUCCUACCUGAUCGGGCUUCUGCAGAGGAGCAGCGAUGAUGUCCCCAGGGUCAUGGUGCUGGGACCUCCUGCUGUCGGCAAACACACCGUGGCCAAAAAGCUGAGCGCCGAGCUGAGAGCUGUUCACGUGACCGAAGGCAGUUUACUGCAGUACCGAUCAGAGCUGCACGCCGAGCAGGAGCUUUCGGAGGGGGUGCUGGUUGGACUGGUUCAGCAGAGGCUGAAGGAGAUGGACUGCUUCCACCGGGGCUGGGUGUUGGAGGGAAUCCCUCAGACUCGCCUGCAGGCUCUGAGUCUGCAGCAGGGCGGAGUCAUCCCCGAGCACGUUGUGAUGCUCGAGGCGGCGGAUGACGUGCUGAUGGAGAGAAGUUGCGGACGGCUGGUCGACGCAAUCACUGGGGACAUCUACCAUCGGACUUUCAUCCUGCCAGAUGAUGACAUUAUCACUCAGCGUCUGGAGAAGGGGAGGAGUCUGACAGACCAACAGAGACUUGCUAAGCCUCACCGUUACUGCUGUGAGGUCACGGGUCUGAGAUCAGCCUAUCAGCACGUGCUCAAGGUCAUCGACAGCGACCAACCACACGCUGACAUCUACCAGCAAGUGCUGGCUUUUGUCCGGACUCGUCAGCGCUCCAGAACUCCCAGAAUCCUCCUGCUGGGACCACCGGGGUCUGGAAGGAGCCGUCAAGCCCAGCUGCUGUCAGAGAAGUACGGGAUGGUGGACGUGAGCUGUGGUCGUUUGCUGAGGUCUGUAGCUGCAGCUGGUUCCAGUCGAGGAGCAGAGGUCCAGGCGUACCUGGAUGACAGACGUCCAGUUUCAGACUCGCUGCUGCUGCAGGUCCUGGAGGAGCGGCUGAACCGACCCGACUGCACCCGCGGGGGCUGGAUCCUGCACGGCUUCCCCUGCGACCUGCAGCAGGCCCGGAGCCUGCAGGAGAGCCACCAGCAGCCCAACAGGGUUUUCUUCCUGGAGCUGACCGAUGACGUUUGCCUGGAGAGACUCAGUCUGAGAGCCACAGACCCGGUCAGCGGUCAGAGCUUCCAUCCUGUGACUCGGCCAGCUCCGAGCUCUGAGGUUCAGCACAGACUAAAGACCCGACCUGAGGACAGCAUGGAGUCUGUAACACAGAGACUGAAACAGUACAGGCUCCACAGCGCCGCCCUGCAGUCUGUCUAUCCUGAGGCCAUUCACAUCAAUGCUGAUCAGGACCCUCACUCUGUGUUUGAGGCCGUGGCGAGCAGGCUGACCUCUGAGUGACCUCUGACUCACCUGGACUCACCUGAACAAGCUGAGGUCACAUGAUUGUCUGUAAAAAUAAAGCAUGUGCUGCUCCUC